CCCCCCCCCACGCGGGCCUUUGGGACAGCCCUGCGAAGAGUCGCGGCGCGGCGGGUUUCGCGUCCUUCUUCCUCCCUCGCCUCCCGCGGAUCGCCGCCGGCCGCCCCGAGGCCUCGCCUCGGAGCCCGUAGCCCGCGCCCGGCCGACAUGAGCUUCUUGUUUGGUAGUCGCUCUUCUAAAACUUUCAAACCAAAGAAGAACAUCCCAGAAGGUUCACACCAGUAUGAGCUCUUAAAACACGCAGAAGCCACACUUGGCAGUGGCAAUCUCCGGAUGGCUGUCAUGCUACCUGAGGGGGAGGAUCUCAAUGAGUGGGUUGCAGUUAACACUGUGGAUUUCUUCAAUCAGAUCAAUAUGCUUUAUGGAACCAUCACAGACUUCUGUACAGAAGAGAGCUGUCCCGUGAUGUCAGCUGGACCAAAAUACGAGUAUCACUGGGCAGAUGGAACAAACAUAAAAAAACCUAUUAAGUGCUCUGCACCAAAGUACAUUGAUUACUUGAUGACCUGGGUUCAGGACCAGUUGGAUGAUGAGACAUUAUUUCCAUCAAAAAUUGGUGUUCCAUUCCCGAAGAAUUUCAUGUCGGUGGCAAAAACUAUACUCAAACGACUCUUUAGGGUUUAUGCUCACAUUUAUCAUCAACAUUUUGACCCUGUGAUCCAGCUUCAAGAGGAAGCACAUCUCAAUACAUCUUUCAAGCACUUUAUUUUUUUUGUUCAGGAGUUCAACCUUAUUGAUAGAAGAGAACUUGCACCACUCCAAGAACUCAUUGAGAAACUCACCUCAAAGGACAGAUAGAAGGAGAGACAACGCUGUGCAGUGUUCCUCAUAUGAAGCUGUGUGCAGUGCAUUUGGGUUUUGUUAUAUUUUAAUUUUAUCUGGAUUGUUUCUGUUUUAGGCUUGGGGGAUUGUUUGGGUUCCCUUUUCUCUUAAUAUAUGAAACUGAAACUGUAUUCUGUUGCUAGAGGAAGCCAAGAACCAUUCUCUGCAUUUGAAAAGGGCAAACUUUAUCUUAAUGAUGUACAGGGUUUUUUUUUUUUAAUUGGUUUUGGUUACUUUGAGGACUUUUUAUGAGACUGUGUGCUGGAAAGAAAAUGCUAGCUGAAAUGCUGUUGGAUUGGGUUCUGUAUUAUGUAAUUGUGACCUACUUUGAAGUCUCCAUAAGACUGGUUUUUAAGUGCCUUGGCAGGCUCACUUCUGAGGUGCAAAGCACAAUGAAAAAACUGAAGCCUGAAACAAUAUUAGAAUUUCUAUCCAGGGCACUUACUUGUGCAUGCUGUAAAAUAAUCUUUCAUAAAAGCCAUAGUUUACCUAAUUUGGUGAUGGCCAGCUUUUACUACAUUGAAGAAACUUUUUAUUUGUAAAGGUAUGCAUGUAGAGCAUAAAUGUAAAACAAAAAAAUUUAUUUCUUAGUUAUUUUUGAUAUUGACUAAUACAUUCUGUUCAACAGAUGUUUAAAGUUCUACAAGCAGGUCUUUUCCAUCUCUUAAUAUCUGUGAUAUUGAAACUUGAGGAUGUUGAGAUGUAAUAGCUAUUGCAUUUCAGCUCCUUUCUACAUGUUAACUGCACUAUAAGUGUAAACUUCAGGUUUUAUAUAUAUAUAUAGGGUUCCCAUCUUCAGAGGUGAUGCUGAAUUGUGAGGUUUCCCAGCAAUUGCUAAAUGAGCCAUAAAUCUGAAGAAUCCCUUUUUACUUCAAAGAGGAAGAAGCGAAAAGAGAAUGUUUGGGGGUGGUGUUAGUUUGUGUGAAGAGCUUAGGGAAAGGAUUAAGUAUGGGGAGUCAAAUUCUAGAAAGUCCUGUCUUAAACCCUGGAACAAAUGGUAUGUAUUACUUAUAGAGUCCUAGAGACUUUUUAGGAAUCAACUUCCAUGAGAAUUUAAAAAUAAUUUUAGGUAUAGACAUUAAACAUGGAAUUUAACAACUAUGGGGAAAUUAAUCACCUUUUAGCAUUUCCAUUCAGUGAAUGGAGUUGGUGUUUGCCUGUCAUUUUUAAAUGAUACACUACCUUGAUUAUUGGCACAGUUUAUUUUUCCACUGUGAAAUCUUUUUCUGUGCAGUGAUAUCAAACAAUAAAAAUGCUAGCUUAGUAAUUAACCUUUA